CUUCCUGGUCCGUCGGACGUUCCUGUUGUGAAUUGUCGCCGAUGUGACUUGCUAUACGUUUACGCAGGUCGUUUAUAACGCUGUCGUCACAAUCAGAUUUACUGAGGGCACGGCACCCUUCGACACCCACGGUGGGACCAUGGAGCACUGCAAUGCAUCGGCAUUUAAGAAUGGGCGGAAAAGAAAGCAGGCAGGUGUGGGUCUCCGCCAUUCUGAAAGCAUGAAGGACAGCGACAGGACAGAGAUGGACCUCAUUGACUCAGAAGUAGAAGGGGAACUGGACGGCCUUAUCCCAGGGUCAGAGUCCAAAGGCGGGACGCAUGCCAGAGUCCACCGAGGUAUUCGGGCCGAGUUGGGGAACGUGUCGCUUCUUCUCUUCCUCUAUGUGCUGCAAGGGAUUCCCCUUGGACUGGCUGGCAGCAUUCCGUUGAUCCUACAGAGUAAGAACUUCAGCUACAAAGACCAAGCUGUCUUUAGCUUUGUAUUUUGGCCAUUUAGCCUCAAGCUUUUAUGGGCGCCGCUCGUGGAUGCGCUCUACUUCAGCAAGUUUGGUAGAAGAAAAUCAUGGCUGGUGCCAACGCAGUACCUGUUGGGGCUCUUCAUGCUCUACCUUUCUCUAAGAGUUGACUCGCUGCUGCAGCAUGAGGGCGGCCCUAACAUCAUUGCACUGACGUCUGCCUUCUUUAUGCUCGCCUUUCUCGCAGCUACGCAGGACAUUGCUGUAGAUGGCUGGGCGCUAACAAUGCUAUCAAGAGAGAAUGUAGGCUAUGCAUCUACAUGCAACUCGGUGGGCCAGACAGCUGGCUAUUUCCUGGGUAAUGUGCUCUUUUUGGCUAUGGAGUCUGCUGACUUCUGCAACAAAUACCUCAGAAUAGAGCCCAAGGAGACCGGCAUCGUGACUUUGUCAGACUUCUUGUUUUUCUGGGGAGUCAUGUUCCUGGUUUCCACAACACUGGUGGCGAUCUUGAAAAGUGAGAACGAGCAUAGCGAAGGCAAGGGGACAAAUCACGAGGAGAAGCAGGGGGUUUUGCAAACCUACAAGUUGCUGUUCACUAUAAUCAAGAUGCCCGCGGUCUUCACCUUCUGUGUUCUGCUUCUCACUGCCAAAAUCGGCUUCUCUGCAGCCGACACGCUGACGGGUCUGAAGUUGGUGGAGGCCGGCGUUCCCAAGGCGCAGUUAGCAUUGCUGGCUGUGCCGAUGGUGCCUCUACAGAUCCUUCUACCAGUGGUCAUCAGUAAGUACACAGCAGGGUCCAGACCGUUGGAUGUCUUCUACAAGGCCUUCCCUUUAAGGUUAAUCAUUGGGCUGGAGUUCGCUCUGCUUGUCUGGUGGACCCCGAGUGUCAAACAAGAAGAAGGCUUCCCUGUUUACUACUAUGGCGUUGUAGUGCUUAGCUACGCAGUGCAUCAGGUGACAUUAUACAGCAUGUACGUCGCCUGCAUGGCCUUCCACGCCAAAGUGAGUGACACACUCAUCGGCGGCACCUACAUGACGCUGCUGAACACAGUCACUAACAUGGGUGGAAACUGGCCUUCCACUGUGGCGCUGUGGUUGGUGGAUCACCUCACCUGGAAGGAGUGUCAGGGUGCUGUCGGGCAAACGUGUGCCUCACCAGAGGGAGCGGGGCUGUGCAUCAAGGAGGGCGGCGCCUGUGUCACAAUGCUGGAUGGCUAUUACGUGGAGUCAGUGGUGUGCAUGCUGAUUGGCUUAGCCUGGUGGGUGUGGUUAGGGAAGAAAAUGAAGAGGCUGCAGGACCACGGUCCCGCUGCGUGGAGAUGCAGUGUCAUCACAGUCCAUGACUAAACCAGUCCAUUUGUUUUGUUUUCCCUGUGCAAAAGAACACCUGAAUGCUGGACACUUGACUCAUGCUACUUUUUGUAUCAAAGCCUUUGUUUCUUUGUGCAGGUGUAAAUAAUUUUGUGGGUGUAUGAGCAAAUAUGUAUAUAAAUUUAAACUGGCACGGUGACUGACUGGUUAGCAUAUCUGCCUCACAGUUCUGGGGACCGGGGUUAAAAUCCCAAUCCUGCCUGUGUGGAGUUUGCAUGUUCUCCCCCCGUACCUGCGUGGGGGAUUCUCCGGGCACUGCGGUUUCCUCCCACAUCCCAUAAACAUGCAUUAAUUGAUGACUCUAAAUUGCCUGUUGGUGUGAAUGAGAGUGCGAAUGGUUGUUUUGUUUCUCUGCCCUGCGAGUGGCUGGCGACCGGUUCAGGGUGUACCCCGGCCGGCUCUUGCCCAAAGAUUGCUGGGAUAGGCUCCAGCAGCCCGCGACCCUAGUGAGGAGAAGCGGUCAAGAAAAUGGAUGGAUGGAUAAACUGGCAGAUCUUGAUUUGGGUUGUAAUUGAGCAAAGCCUUCUGGAAACGUUCUGAUAAGCUACCAUAAUAAUGAACAUUUGUCUUGCAUACAAAGCAGUUUACAAGUGCUUUCAUUGAACGACAAAAAUAAUGUUGUUGUAACAUAUAUAUAAAUGAACCUCAAUAUAAAGGCUGUAACAAAUAUUACAUCUUUCCAUAAUUUAUCACUAUCAGCAAGGUACUAAUGUAACAAUGUAGUCAUCCAUUGUGGUUGUGCCUACAUCUUUGAAUUAUGCAACCCCAAUCUUGACGCUUUAUUUCAACAACUCAUCCUGUCGUGUAAUAAUUACACUGUCAUUAUGAUCAGAUUGAUAUUAUAGCUUUCAUUGUUCUUCACUCAGAUCUGAUUUGUGAUAAUGGUAAUUUUUCUUUUGAAAUCGUAUGUGCCUUGUUCAAACUGUAAAGACUUUGAAUAAUAAGUUGUGAUGGUUCCAUCAUGCUACCCAUUAAACUUUUUUUUAAAGAA